ACAAAAUCGUCACCCAUAUUUAGCACAAGUUGUGGUUUUCAUUUUUCAAUCGUCAGAAAAAUGGGUUCAGAAACGUUUCUGGAAGUGAUAUUGGCAAUCAUCCUCCCACCUGUGGGAGUCUUCCUUCGUUAUGGCUGCGCAGUGGAGUUCUGGAUAUGUUUGUUGCUGACAAUAUUGGGAUACAUACCUGGAAUCAUAUACGCAUUAUAUGUACUCGUCGGAUGAAUCGGUUGAAGCUUAAUUUGGAUCGUCAAGAACAAUAAGUGUGGGUGUUUAGUUUGUUCAAUGUAUGUUCGUCUUUUUUUUAAUCCAGGAUCUUAACUUUUC